GUUCCUCCUGCACACUGUCGCUAUCAGGAUAUGCCUUGUUGCGCGAGCUGGGACCUCCAUCAGCGGGCCGGCGGUCAAAGUUCCGCGCCAUUGGCACAUGCGUGCCAGCGGGGAGCCCCGGCAUCCCCGAGCCUUGCUGACGUUUCCAGGCUCCAAGGCACCCUCCCGCAGGCCUGCAAUAUAUGGGGCUCUCCAGGUGCGCGCUGGCCAUUACUUGACACUACGGAACCCCGUGGGCAUCCCAAGACCUGCCCCGAGACCACGCUCGCCCGGCUCAGCGCUUGGCAGCUGCGACCAGCUUCGCCUGCCCAAGUGAACCCAGGACUCGAACGCUUCUCACCCGGACGCAGUCAUGAGUCGCCGCGCAGCAGCCCUUCUGGCUCGCCGGCUGCUGCACGGCGUGGCAGGCGGCACUGCAGCUACUGCUGCCACGGGCGGAACCACGGGCGCCGCUGGUAGCAGUGCUACAGCCCCAGGUUUCGGCGCCGCCGCAGCUGUAGCAGCUCGCUGGGGCCUGUUGGCGGCGGGCCGCCACACGGCUGGCGGCAGCGGCAGUGCUGCAGCCGCCGCCGCCGCCCCUGCCUCCAACACCUGGAGCAACGGGUCGCACACUGGCGGGGUGAUGCUACUGCGAGCCGUCAGGGGCUUUCUUGGAGGGUCGGCUUGCAUGGGUGCUGCCUCCAAGGCUGUAGCAGCAGUAGCAGGAGUCUCAGGGCAAGCAGUUGCCCGGACGGCAGUAGCAGGCAUGGCCCGGGCUGCACCCGCUGCGGCGGGGGCGGCUGCAGGCCGGGGGUUGCUGGCUGGCGGCGGAGGCCGCGGAGCAGCCGUGGCAGUUGGGGCAGCGGCGGCGGUGGCGGCGGUUCCGGUGAGGCCGUCAUCGCUGCAGUUCGUGCGCACCGCGUGGCAGGACGGCAGGGGCUACGUGCACUUCCAGGGCCGCGGCCGCACCUUCCAACUGCCCACCGGCCCGCGGGCCCGCAUAACGGCUGUCGUACUGGUGGGCGGCGGUCUGUCGUACUACCUGUACUGCCGCGAGGAGGUGCCGUACACGCACCGCAUGCACAGCAUCAUGCUGGUCAGCACCGCCAACGAGCAGUGGAUGGGGAGCAUGGUGUUCCAGGAGCAAAAGGCGAUGGCGCAGGCUGAGGGCCGACUCCUGCCCGACAACGCGCCGGAUGCGCAGCGCGUGCGGCGGCUGGGGCUGGCGAUUGCGGCGGUGGCGGGCGACGGCGGCGGCGGCGGCUACCAGGCGCACAUGCAGAACCUGCAGUGGGAGUUCGCGGUGAUCGACAACCCCACACCCAACGCAUUCGUGGUGCCGGGCGGAAAGGUUGUUGUGUUCACGGGUCUGCUGCGGCUGCUGGGCCACAGCGACGACGAGCUGGCGGCGGUGUUGGCGCACGAGGUCGGACACGUGCUGGCGCGACACACGGCGGAGCGCAUGAGCACUCUGAACGUGUGGACGCUGUUCAACAUGAUCCUGCGCCUCACGCUGGGGUUCGGUCUGCCCAACGUGGCCAUGUACAUGGGCAUCUUCCUGCCGUACUCGCGUCUGGCCGAGUAUGAGGCCGACCGCAUCGGGCUGCGCCUCAUGGCCCGCGCCUGCUUCGACCCCACCGCCGCCCCCCACAUGCUGGCCAAACUCAACGCCAAGGAGAAGCAGAUGCAGCAGCGCGGCAUGUCCGCCCCCAUCCCCGCCUUCCUGCGCACCCACCCGCUGACCGAGGACCGCGUGCGCCAGGUGGAGUCGGACCUGCAGCAGGCGCACGCGCUGUACCUGCAGGCCGGCUGUGGCGGCAAGCGCUCGGACUUCGCCCGGGCUGCUGGCGGCCUGUUCGGCCCCGCCUGGGGCGGUGGCGGCGGUGGCGACGGCGGCGGUGGCGGCAACAGUGGCGGCCGCGACGGCGAGGGGGAGUAUGUCAAAAUCGGCUGAGGGGUCGGUGGAAGCCUUCCGGGGGUAUGUGUGAUGGCCGUAGGAACUACCGUCUGCGGGAGUGGCACACUACUGUUUGAAAGGACAGGAAAGAAACUGGUGGGCAGGAAGAGCGCAGUUUAGGUUGUCAAGUACUUGUUGCAGUGUUGUUGCCUGUGAUAAGUGCACUCACAAGGGCGCUGUCGGAUUACUCGGAUGCGAGUUGCGUAGGUGCGUUGCCGCAGGAUGCGUGGGGCAAGGGCUGUGGGGGCCUGCGCCGUGUGGACAGCUGGCGACGCCCGAGCCCCGUCGUGCGAGCUUGGGGGGGCUGCGUGCCUGACCCACCGCGGGCCUGCGCUGUCCAUGUUGUGCAUGUGCGAACUCUGGUGCGUGUGGCUCCGGGCGGACUCCGGUGGGCGGGCAGGGUCCAACCGACUGGCAACUGCGCCUGGCCGGUACGGCUACGCACGCCUGGUGUGAUUUGUGGUGGCUUCGUCGCUGAGUUCAAUGACUUGGAUCAGCGCUAGCUGAGGGCUGUCAGGGAUACGGUGAUAGGGUUGGGAUGGUCGCGUACAUGCAUAUCAUAUAUAGUUGCGGCGCAGUCGUCGUGUACAUACAUGAGCAUUUACAAGGGGUGAAAAUGUAGAGGUCAGUCGACGCCGCGUGAUUAGGUCAAGCCAUGGACUCUCAGUAUUGGGCUC